GAGGGUUAAUUGUGUGAUUGAUUGACAAUGUACUGAUUACCUCGACAGUGAGCCUGGACGUUUAAAACCUGCUCGACAGAGAGAGAAGCAGGAGAACGGGAGAAGGAAGGAGAGCUGACGGGCUGUCAGCAGUGAAUUGAGAAACAAACCCUCGGUUAUUGUGUAUUGUAACCAGAAAGCCGCGUGGCGGCCGAAAAUAAAAACAAGACGCAGUCGCGUCCUGAAAGAAUUAACGUGUCUGUCUCCUCUCUCAAACGAGCGGUAGCACUCGACUUGCUACAGUGGUGGCCCGUACGGGGGAGCGGCAGAAAGAGAGAGAGAGAGAGAAGGUCAAAAUGGACCCAAACCGGAGCGAGGCGGCGCAGCCUCUCGUAGCGCUGGCGCGGAUGCUGGAGGGGAUGGCCCAAAUGCAGGAGAGGCAGGCGGCCGUACACGCAGAGCAGAUGGAGGCUCUGCGUGCACAAGCCUCCCUCCAGACCCAGGCGCUGCGACAGCUGGCUGCCGCCGGGGAAACCAGCUCCCGGAACCCGCCGUCCCGAUCCCCUCUCCGGAUCCACAUACCCAAGAUGACAGCCGACGAUGACAUCCAGGCAUUUGUGGAGAGUUUUGAGGUGGCAGCGGAGGCGUGCCAGUGGCCCCACGAGGAGUGGGUUGUACACCUCCUGCCCCUUUUAACUGGGGAAGCCCAACAGGCGGCGCAUGGUCUGCCGCCCGGAGCCCGGGCGGAUUACAAGACGGUGAAGAGGGCGAUCCUGGACCGACUAGGCUGCAGCCCGGAGGAUUAUCGGCGCCGGUUCCGGACGGCGAAACUGGGGGCGGAGGACCGUCCCUUCGCAUACGCCCAAAGGCUAACCCACAUGGCCCGGCGUUGGCUACAACCGGAGAUCCGGUCCACCGGGGGCGUAGUGGAGCAGGUCGUACUGGAACAGUUCCUGGAAGGGUUGCCGGAGGGAACGGCGAAUUGGGUGCGCUGCCAUCGCCCGACCAACUUAGAGGGGGCGGUUACCCUGGCGGAGGACCACCUCGUGCUAUACCCCAGCGCCCAGCAGCAAGCACGGCCGGAACCGGCGCCCAGGAGGAGACCCCCUCCUCGUACUGGCCCCUCCCCUGUCCCCAGGGCUCUGCCCCCUCCCUUUCCUCAAACUAAUCCCCCCUUUUUUCCGAUUCCCUCUCCAGGUCCAGGCUCAGUGGCGGGGGGCUCCGGCUCGCAGAGGGCGCCUCAGACGCUCGGACCGGGGUGUUGGCGGUGCGGACAGCUGGGUCACCUGCGCCGCGAUUGUCCACUUAUGGAAGUGGGGCAGGUGGUCCGGGUGGUCGGGCCGCCCACUUCCGCUCCCGAUCAGGAGGGAGCGUACUGCAUCCCGUGAGCCUGGACGUUUAAAACCUGCUCGACAGAGAGAGAAGCGGGAGAACGGGAGAAGGAAGGAGAGCUGACGGGCUGUCAGCAGUGAAUUGAGAAACAAACCCUCGGUUAUUGUGUAUUGUAACCAGAAAGCCGCGUGGCGGCCGAAAAUAAAAACAAGACGCAGUCGCGUCCUGAAAGAAUUAACGUGUCUGUCUCCUCUCUCAAACGAGCGGUAGCACUCGACUU